AUGAUCUGUUUACUGCCUGUAAUCAUUACCAUGAUCUGUUCACUGCCUGUAGUCAUUACUGUGAUCUGUUCACUGCCUCGAAUCAUUACUGUGAUCUGUUCACUGCCUCGAAUCAUUACCAUGAUCUGUUCACUGCCUGUAAUCAUUACCAUGAUCUGUUCACUGCCUCAAAUCAUUACCGUGAUCUGUUCACUGCCUGUAGUCAUUACUAUGAUCUAUUCACUGCCUCAAAUCAUUACCGUGAUCUGUUCACUGCCUCAAAUCAUUACAGUGAUCUGUUCACUGCCUCAAAUCAUUACCGUGAUCUGUUCACUGCCUGUAGUCAUUACUGUGAUCUGUUUACUGCCUGUUAUCAUUUGUGUAUCUGUUCAUUGUCUGUAG